AGGGAGUAGUCUCCGGAGGAACAUAAAACUAAUAGCAAACUUAUCAAAAUAUAUACCAAAUUCUUAAUGCUUGGUCCUUCUAACAACAACAACAACAACAACCUCUUCCUGCUUCAUUGGCUGCCUCUUUCUGCUAACUUUUUUUUUUUUUCUUUUUCUUUGUAUUAUUUCUGUAUUUAAUUUCUUUCAAAACAAAAUUGUUGUUUUGGAUUUUUCAAUAUGUCAGGUUGUGGUUGUUUCCCUGUCAAUCUUGAUCGAUCUCGUAGGGGCAGCUUCAAGUUCUCUAAGCGAUCUUCUUCUUCUGGUUCUUCAAGAGGGCUUACAGCGGAUUUAAAUGGAGGGAAUUUGGAGAAAGAUUCAAUGGUUGUUUGCUUCGGGGAAAUGUUGAUUGAUUUUGUUCCAACUGUUUCUGGGGUUUCUCUUGCAGAAGCUGAAGCUUUUAAAAAAGCUGCCGGUGGGGCUCCUGCUAAUGUUGCUGUUGGGAUAGCAAGACUUGGAGGCUCCGCAGCUUUCAUUGGAAAGGUUGGUGAAGAUGAGUUUGGAUACAUGUUGGCUGACAUUCUAAAACAGAACAAUGUUGACAAUUCUGGCAUGCGUUUCGAUCCACAUGCAAGGACUGCUUUGGCAUUUGUUACCCUUACAAAAGAAGGUGACCGUGAGUUUAUGUUUUACCGGAACCCAAGUGCUGAUAUGCUGCUUCAAGAUAAAGAACUCGAUGAAAACUUGAUUAAAAAGGGUUGUAUAUUUCACUAUGGAUCAAUAAGUUUGAUUGAGGAACCUUGUAGAUCCGCUCAUAUGGCUGCCAUGGAUAUUGCCAAGAAGGCUGGUUGUAUCCUCUCUUAUGACCCAAAUUUGAGAUUGCCACUAUGGCCUUCUGAAGAUUCUGCUCGUAAAGGAAUAAUGAGCAUAUGGGACCAGGCUGACUUUGUUAAGGUUAGUGAAGAUGAAAUUAAAUUCCUAACUGAAGGCGAUGAUCCCUACGAUGAUAAAGUGGUGAUGGAGAAGCUAUUUCGACCCCAUAUGAAGCUUUUGCUUGUAACUGAAGGGAACAAUGGCUGCAGAUACUACACUCAGGAGUUUAAGGGUCGAGUUGCUGGUGUUAAAGUUGAUGCCGUUGACACAACUGGUGCUGGUGAUGCUUUUGUUGCUGGCAUUCUGUGGAAUUUGGCUUCAGACUUAAAUCUGUACAAGAAUGAAAGCCGGUUGAAGGAAGCUCUCCUCUUUGCAAAUGCCUGUGGUGCUAUCACUGUGACGGGGAUGGGUGCAAUACCUGCAUUACCCACUAAGGAUGCAGUCCACCAAAUUCUUGGCAAGAGCACUACAUGAAAAUGAUAUAUGUUCAUCAUAAGAUCAUGUCACUGGAUUUUGUUAAAAAAAAACCCAAAAAAAAAAAAAAAAAAAAUUGACAAACAAGCUAUUGGCUCUUUUAAGUUCCCCAAAUGAAUAAACUGGGUUACCAUACAGCAACAAACCCAAUUUUCCUGCUCCCAUUUUGUACAGAUGAAAGAGAAGCAGAUGAGAUGGGCAUCAAUUUUACUUUUGUGUGAAAUGUAUAUUAAUUCUUCCAUUUUCAUCAGUUUUCUAAAUAUAAGAACUUGAAAAAAUAAAAAAGAAAUCAGUUUGUGCAUUA